AAAGUGUGGUAGUUCAGUUGUCAAAACUAACAUAACCUAAAAGUAUUCAGAAUUAAUAAUAACAUAGUGCGAUAUUGUUUAUAACAAAACUUAAUGGCUUUCCCACAACAGAAUGCCCAAAGAGAAUUAGCAAACAGAAAGAUUAUUGAGGAGCUGCAUCAGAAGAAGCAGUUGCUUCUCAAACAAGGAGUUGCGUCUACUCUGAAUACAGCUUCCCUACCAUCUCUGGGCACAGGCAAUUUAUCGACUUCAGAUAAUAAUUCCAUGCAACGCACUGCUCUGCAGACAGCUAAUUCUCAAUCUGCAGGGUAUUUUAUCACUCAGGACUCCUCAUUUGGGAAUAUAAUACUUCCCGUUUUACCAAGAUUUGAUGUUAAGUAAGAUGUGGCCUGCAUGAAACUGAGACACCUGGAGGAACUUCUGCAGGAUAUUGAUGGGUUUGAGAAACCAAAGAUUUUGCUUGAACAGUAUGUCACACCUCCCCACCUCGGAUCCCACAUGUUACAUACAAUACAAUCUCAGUAUGGCGAUAUUGAAGGUAAAGUUGUCGCUGAUCUUGGCUGCGGCUGCGGAGCUUUAACAAUUGGUGCUGCUGCUCUUGAGGCCUCAUUGGCAAUUGGCUUUGAAAUUGAUCCGGAAGCGUUAGAAAUUUUACAAUGUAACGUGGAAGAACAGGAACUUGAAAAUGUCGAUGUAAUUAAUUGCGAUGUUAAUUCGAUUCCGGAAAAAUUCAACGGAUUCUUUGACACGGUAGUCAUGAAUCCCCCAUUCGGUACUAAACACAAUGCAGGAACAGAUAUGAAAUUUUUAGAACGGGCUUUGAAAUUGACUAACAACACUGUCUAUUCCUUACACAAAAGUUCUACAAGAGAGCACGUUUUGAAAGUUGCUAAAUCUCAUGGGGCGACCGGUGAAGUUCUCGCGCAGCUUAGAUAUGAUUUACCAUCAACCUACAAGUUCCACAAGAAGAAAUCGGUGGACAUCGAGGUGGAUCUGUUUCAGUUUCGUGUCACAAAAACCACCUAAUUGCAUUUAGAGCGAAGAUAAAUGUUUUUUAUUUGUAUGUCAUUUACCUAAUUAUAAAAGAAAUAUGA